GUCCCGAAAUCGAUGACGAAGCAUGUAUUCGGGAGAAAGCGCGCGACUUUUGCUACACCCGGUGUACAUGUAUAUGCACUUACGUCAUGUUUAAAGCCUAUCGAUGAUCGAUGCCACCACCUGCGUCCCGAUAGCGUCCCCGAUACCGUUUUCGAGGUUUCGCCCCGGAAGUCGAAGAAAACUACCUUCACCAAGUGAUCGAGCUUAUUUCCGCGUCAGAAAGACGAAGAGCGGAGAAGAGCGACGAAGAAGAAGAAGAAGAAUAAGGAGAAAAGAAAAAGGCAUGGAAAAAGAAGAAGAAAGUUAAAAAAACACACACACACAUGGAGAGGAGGAAGAGGACCGACGGGGAGAGAAAACGGAUAAAGCGCGAACGGAACGCGGGCGAAGAAUGACGAAGAAAGAGCAAAAGCGAGGGCGGCAAGAGGAAGGAGGGUGGCCGGGGACGUCGCGACGAGGUGGCGGGGGACGCUGAAGAGGACAGAGGAGAGCGAGCAAAGGGAGAAGAGGAGAGGGUUGCAGACCGCGAUUUAGCGGAUUUUCAACAUAGCUGCACCGUCGAGGAGGGGUGUGCGCGAUUCUUAACGCAGCGGAACCGCCCCCGGUGGCGACGCGGCCAAUGGCGCCGCGUAAACCAGCCACCCCUGAUGCGCGAGCUCGAGACUCUCGAACGAGGGGGUUGCUCGUCUCUUCUCUCUUUUUCUCCCCCUCCCCUCUCUCUCUCUCUCUCUCUCUCUCUUCCUCGCCGUUUACUCUUCGCUGUGCUCUCACCCUUCGCCGAAACGGAACGACAACUUGCGGCAGUGCUCUCGCCAUGUUCGCGCUGAACGAGCAUCCCGUCCUGCGACAGUGAGGAUCUCCGCUGGAGUCGCCAGUGGAGUCGCCGAGGAGAGUCGCGUGUCGUCCUCUUCGUCCUCUACGCGCAACCCCGCGCACGAGACCGGUGAAGGUAGCGCCGCGGGGACCGACCGCCGCGGCCGCUCUCUCCCCAUGGCGGGCCCGUACUUGUCGCCUCUCGGGCCCCAGGCCGACCUGCUCACCGAGUACAUGUUCGGUCGUCGUCGUCAGAGACGCAAUCGGACCACGUUCACGCCGCAGCAGCUUCAGGAACUGGAAUCCCUCUUUCAGAAGACGCAUUAUCCCGACGUUUUCCUCAGAGAGGAAGUCGCGCUUCGGAUAUCGCUCUCGGAAGCACGUGUACAGGUAUGGUUUCAAAACAGACGGGCAAAGUGGAGAAAGCAAGCUCGGUUACAAUUGCUGCAGGACGCGUGGCGAAUGCGAUGCUUGGGUUUAGGGAGCGCCACUCCGUUGCUGCUCGGUCGGCCACCCCCUGUGAGUCCUGGCGGCAUUGAGAGGACUGCUGACGCCUCUUCGACGUCGCCGUCGUCCUCAUCAGGUGCGAACCUCGCGAGCUCGAGCGACAAAUUAGCCGACACCGGCGGUCCUGUGCCGCCCGCAGUCUGCAGGGACUUCAGGAUCCUGCCGCCGCCGCCACCAGGAUACUCAGUACCUUUGGACAAAUCACCCGAUAGGAUGAAGUGCCGAUGUGCCACGCCGCCGAGGAUCUGCGCGAGUCCUGUGGACCGAAGCGACAUCCUAGGGACGAGGGAGCGGCCGCAGGAAGCUGAGAUGGACCUCACUCUGAAGGGACACCAUCACGUAACCACCAGGCAUCCGCCGGUCACGACGCUAUUUCAUCAUCUGUCGAGCAACCCUCAGCAGCAACAGGACGUCGCACCGAGCAUGGACGAGCCUCUGGACGUCACCCUGAACAGCAGCAAGAACAACUGAACCGCGAGCUGCGAGGUGAAUUCACUCUGAAUGACGAAGACGGUGCACGAAAUCAAAACGAUCAGUCGGUCUUUUCUUACCUUGAAAUUCGUUUCAUCUUUAAAACGCUUGAUCGAGAUACAUACUGAAUCGCUCCUGUUAAUCAACGCAUAUGUUUUAUUUGUUUCGCGUAAAAAAAGCGAUAUUCAACGGUAGGAACUAAUAGUAUCAACAAAUAUGAAUUCUAUUAUUCUAAAAAGAAAAUAGUUUAAUUUUUAAAUAGUUAUUUUAAUUUGAAUAAAUUACACAUUAUAUUUUGUGUGAUUAAUACAAGCCAUGAAUUAUCUUCUCUAUUUGUUAAUUUAGAACAAACAUUUUUAACCGCUCCUACCGAAUUCCUAUGUUCAUUUUUACAUUUUUUCUGAAGUGGAACAUAAUUUUAUAUAUAAAUUCAUGCAUUUGAGAAAUAAGAAACGCGAAGAAUUCUAAUCACAUCACGGGACGAUAUCGUUACUUUGCAUCAACGUCAAGAAGAAGAGAUCGAGCAUUUUGUCAAGCGUCGAUUAUUACGACGUGGAUAUCGCGAUACUUAUAUUGUUACAUAUUUUAUCUCGUUACACUUAUUGUAAAUUGAGCGAGCAUAUAAUUUAACGGUGUAUUUAACGUAUCGAGAAUGUCUAACGGGUACCGUCUUUACACGUGCGACAGUAACAUCGGGUGGUGUGUGUUUAGUGAUUCCGCAUUGCAAAUUGUAAUGAUUCAGAAUGAAGUAUUUUUAAAGCAAUAUUUUAUAACGCGACAGACACACGUAUACAAAAAUACACUAACACACUUAUUAAACACUAAAUAUCUUUCACAAUAAGCGAUCUGAAAGUACUCAUAAUUUACAUACAGAAUAGAUAUAUCGAUGAGUGAUCGGUCAUCAAUAAACAAUUAUUAGAAAUAAUGUAUUAUUAUUAAGUUGCAAUUACUGAAUAUGUGUCCAAUUUAUAUUAUUUGCAGAUGUGAUUCCGGCGUUCUCAAAAUUUUUUUCUUAUAAAUUCUUUUAAAUAACACAUUCCAAAUACGUAAAGAUAACAACUUUUAAAGGUUUAAAUUUGAAAAGAGAAACUAAUAUCUUUAAAAUCUUAAAAUUUGACAAUAUUUUUUAGCCGAUCAUUUCUUGAUGCAUCUGUUGUACGAAAAUCUCAUUUCGCGUUUAGAGAAUAAAAUUUAAAGAGAGAUCUCGCGCGAAAAUUUUAAAUCCUCUAGAUACGAGAAACAUCUCCAUGUGUUCGUUAAACGACGAUUUUAAUGUAAAAGAUGGCAACAUGUGUUAAUGUGUUUUUCGAUAUUAAGUCAAUUGUUAAAUUGAAUUUUAGUUUAAAUUCUCAUAUUAACGCGUACGGUUCUCAAAUAACGUAUUUUUAUUAUUGAAUAAUAAUAAAGAUCUACAGUUCUUUCAGUUUUUCAGGCAAAGACGUGCUGUUAUAAAAUACGUAGUUGCAAAAUAUUGUUCAGUUCGCCAAGUACAUGUAUCGUCUUUGUAGAGAAAUUACUAUUUAUUAUUAACACCAUAGAAAGAGAAACGAAUAAAUAAUAUUUCGUAUAUAAUAGGAAGAAAGGACUGAAAGGGUUCAGCGACAAAAGUGCAAACGAUUUUUAUUCCAGUGCAGUCGUCUCAUAGUGAGAACUUUCGAAACUGAGAUCGUAUUGUUAACUAAAAUUAAACUUCGCGAACUUGUAACUCGUUAUUUACUGUCUCGGUGCAUGAUUUUCAUCUGUAAAAAUUUCCGAAGGAAGUAGACGAGCGUUGCGAGAACGCGUUUCUGUACAAUAAAUAAUGUAGCAUUCUUGAUUGAAGCGUUUCGUGACGACCGGCGACGAUCAAUCAAAGAAAUAGCUCUGUUAAGUGUCAAGACGUCUGGAUUUUUGAAAGAUCUACGAUGUAAGAUAUCUGCUAUACGUAAUUUGUACGUAUUGACUACAAAUAUCAUUUAAAAUGCAUUUGUGCACCUCCGAAUUCGCACCUGCAUACGCGACAUGAUGAUUGAAAAAGGUAGGAAGUACUCUGUAAAAGAAGCUCUUCCAUCAGUUAUCAUGUUAGUGUUUUUGAUAAGAAACCUCGAAGUGUUAAUGCUCUGUAAAUAGAUCUAUAAUUAUAAUUUAUAUAUAAAUAUAAAUAUAUAAAUAUAGCAAUUAAA